AUGCCCGACUCAACGCCCCAAACCGCCGAUUCAGGAACCCCCAAAGCUGGCGCCCCUAAAGACAAGAAUUGCCCCUUUUGCGGCCAGGCCUUCACGUCAUCUUCCCUCGGUCGCCAUCUCGAUCUUUACAUCAAGGAGAAGAACCCGAAACCACCAGAUGGUGUUCACGAUGUCGAUGCUAUCAAGAAGCUCCGUGGUAGUAUCACAAGGCGACAGCCCAGAGGUUCAAUGGGUGGCAGGCGGGAAACUUCGACUCCUGUGGGAACACCAAAGGCACCUGUCAUGAAAGAAGCGUCUCUUCCUGAAAACGAGGAUUAUCAAUCGCCUGUUAUCUCCAAAAACAACCAGCUUGUAGUUGACCAGUCUAUGAAAUAUGCGCCUCCUUUUCAACCUACCUGGGAGGCGACUGGCGUUAUGAACGAUAUCCCGAAAAGAGGCAGUUGGGAAAGCGACGCCGCACCCGAGCCACCGAAACGCCCCGGCAUGCAGCGGACCGCCAGCAAACAAGCUAUCCAGAAAGCUCAAUUCGACGUCAAACAGAAACUUUCCGAUGCCAUGGAUACAGCACGUGCCGCGGAGCUCGCAUUGCGAGAGCUUCUCAGCUCUUGGAGGGCGGCCAAGGUGCAACUUGACAACAAUUCAAUGCCAUUCGAUUUUGAUCCUUUAUCUCUCGAUUUUCCUGCAUUGACCCUUCAAUGCCUACAACCUCCUCCUACCCUCUUUUCGUCGACGCAGCAUCCUACAUCAACAUCAUGGUCUGUCCAAUCGCCAGGACAACGCGAAUUCGAGGCUCUACAAGCUUGGUUCGCAGGACAAUUCAAGACUUGGAAGGUGACUUGCACUGCUGCCACCACCGCCGUCAUGGAUGAGUUUAAGUAUCCUCCUUCAGCAAACAACUUCCGAAACCCCCAAGAGUCAGUCCGCAAAGCCCAGAAGAUGGCAGAGCAACUGGAGGCACAAGUCGAUGAGCACCUACAAUCAGCGUACGCAGUAUGGGGAACUUUACCUCUCCAACGCCAGCAAGAGCUUUGGAUCUUAGAGUUGGCACGUGGUGUGGGGAGAAAACACAAGGAGGCUGAGAAGAUGAAGGAACAGCAUCACAGACUCAAACAAGAGAACGCCAAUCUCAAGUCUCAGAUAGAACAACUGAACAAGCUUCAGCAACCCAAGGAGUUUAGGCUUGCGCCGCCCGUUACGAUCCCAAUGGAACGAGAACUUCUUGCCAUUUCUUAUGAACAGGCCGUCAAGGGUGGAAGAGCUGUUGGCUUCUCGCUUGAGGAUAGCCAGGUUGACCUCCCAACACUUGUCUCGAGGUCUAUCGAGCGCUGGAAGAGCGUCAUUGCUUCGUCGAGAGCCAAUGCCAACGGGAUGAAUGCUCAAAAACCUUUAGACCAAUCCGGUCAAGCUUCUGGCGGUACCGCCAUUAACGGCAGUCAACCUACGCCACAAAUUCAGACGCCAUCACAGCCACAAUUUCAACAGCAGCAGCAGCAACAACAGCAACAACAGCAAAUACAGCAGCAACUACAGCAGCAGCAGCGACCUCAGCUUUCCAAACGUCCGUCAACAACGAGCAUUAACGGGGCGCUCAGCGAACAUGCUACUGCCUCCACCGCCACAACUGACCCGUCUUCCACUGCCGAGAACAGUGAUCAAGAUGCUGAUGCGGAGAUGGAGGACGAUGAUAGCUUUGCCAUGGUUAACCCCUCUCCAAUUAAGCCACAACAACCUAUUCAGCAGCAAGCAACUCUUGAAGUGCCACGUACACGGCCUGUGCAACAACAACAACGCAAUCCACAGUUCAUGAUGCCCACUGGAGCAGGAAGUCCUGCCAACCGGGCGGCAAUCAACAUGAGUCGCUCCAUGCCUAACAUGAAUAUGGCUAUGCAAAAUGGAGGUAUGCAUGGAGGAGACAUGGCCAUGGCAAUGCAAGGAGUUCGCGGCGAUGCCAUGUUUCUGGAAUAA